AUGGCCCUAACGCCGUCGGUGGCACUCUGCAGACCACCGGACUUAGUCCAAGAGGAGCGUCUCUCACCUAGGAACAAGACCCAACUAGAAUCAACACCUAAUUCCAUUCGUAGCUCUUCGUAUAUCGACUACAAUGUUGCGACCCCUGUAGAGAUUUCGAAGGAACAGCUGGCUUGGGCACAAAAAUCAUCUCCUGGUCACAAAAUAGAAGCAAUGAAAAUCUGGGAUACCCAAGGUGACUUGGAUACUGAGGGUGGUUCUUCUGAUAAAGAGUUCUCUAACUCAGAUGAGAACUUCUUGAAUUUGAAGAGAGUCGACAUAGGUACACAAAAUGUGGAGGACUCGGCGAGCGUAUCAACUGGUGCUGGAAAUGCCUCACAGGAAAUGAUCUCGAAACAGUCGAAUGUCGACAGUGAAGAAACGACAAGGAGCAAUAUCCAAAUCAAUCCAAGUAAGAGUGUCUCUAUUCCGAUUGAACAUAAGUCGAAAGAGGUAACCCCUUCUGUACAACAAGAGGUUAAGAAUAAUAAGGAAAAUAAGGGUGAAAAUGAGUUGAAUCCUAUCGCUAUAGAAACUGAUACUCAGGACAAUAUAGGAAAAAUUGAUGCAUCUGUUAUAGUUUAUGGAGGUGAGGAUAGGGGAAUACAGGAGGAACCCACUAACUUGCAGGAAGGGGUUACCAGAGGGAGGGAAAGUACUUUGGUUGACCCUAGGAAAGACUUUAGAGCUCCUGCUACCACAGAGGUAACUACUACAACUGUAACCAGAAAGGAGAGGCACAAUGAACACUCACAACAAGAAGAGGACUGCUACACAAUGGAUAAGGAACCUCCUGAUCCAAAAAGGCAAAAUGAGAGUCCUCAGGCUUUUAACAACAAGUCUACAUUAGCCCUUAGUAAGAAGAAAAGGGAUGCGUUGAAGAAGAAAAUUAUCAAAGAAAUGCAAUCAAAACAACAGAGCUUACAUGAUGUACUGGUGGUGGAAUAUGCAGGCAUCCAUGUGACAGCUUUGCAAAUUCAGAAACCGGAUACUGGAAAAUGUGCCCUUAACAAGGAAAUUACUCCACAAGAACUAACAGAUGAAUACAGAGUCACACAUUCUGAGGAUGAGGAAGAUCCUGACCAAUAUGAUGAGGUUCAAAAAGAAGAGGAGGAAAUGAGGGCUCUUUCUACCAGGGGUCAGCAAGAAAAUAAGAAGAAGAAGCAACAGGAUGACACAACAAGUUCUGAUAAUGCUAUUUGCAAAAGUGGCAUCAAAAUAAGGUCCAAAUCAAAUAAGUCUCAAUGA